AGCGUGUCCGUGACAUUAAACAAGAUGACGGCUAGUUCAAAUUUUGGGCAUGCGCCAAAUGAUCCUUGUCACAGAGUACAUUGAAUAUACGGUUCCGUUUCCGUGUUUGUUAUUGAAAAGUGAUCGAACGAAGCGAAUAAUUAAAUAAUAUUUUUUAACUUAAAAUUUAUAAUUUGACGGAACAUGAAUACCGAAAAUGUUUGUGAUCGAAAAUCUAAAUCAUAAAUAUAAAAUCUAAAAUCUGAAUCACAAACCUUGUUGAGAAAAGGAAGUUUUAUAGAAUGAGUCUACAAGAACGUUUGAAACCAGUAUUUAAAAUAUUGAAAAUAGUUUCAGUAUGUGGUGGCAGUGUUUUGAUUGUAACAUAUCAUUUCCAUGAAAUAAAGAAAAAUAUAAAGAACAUCGUGAACAUCAACGUCUUAGACGUCGAGAAAAAAUUCACCGCUGAGUAUAUCUACAUAGAUGACCCUUCUUACAACGCAACAAUGAAGGUGGAACACAGCAGAGAAAUGUCGAAUUCUGUGGGCCUCAGCCGUAUUUGGAAAAGUUUGAAACAUUCCCUGGCUUGGAAGUUGUUGUGGGUCUGUCGUCAUGGAAGUAAGGAGCAACGAAAUUUAGCUAUAGAGCAGUUAGCAGCUUUUAAAGAUAAUAAGAUUUGGGACUGCCAGAGAAUCGCCCAAGCCUUAGACAAGAAUACAGCAGUCCUCCUCGCUCAUACACAAGGUGUUGAUUUACGUUAUUUCCUACCUCCUCCUAUACAUAUUAGAAGAGCUGCUUUAAAAUCUCAGCUAUUAUCAUAUCAAUUUAAGGAUAUGAUCAGCAAUGUGCAAAUUAUAAAUCCUCAUAGUUGCAUUCAGCAUUUCCUGUCCAAAUAUUUUGUUAAUUUGCAAGAACAAAUAGGAGAAGUGGACAGCUCUCCUCCGAAGCCAGACAAUCUCACUGAGAAAGAACUUUGCAUACUAUGUCUUGAUGCUCUUCACCACCAUAUAUUUUUAUUUAACCAGCACUCAUAUGAAAACGACAAAUCUAUAGAUACAUUAAUUCAAAUGGGGAUAUUGCCAAAAUUGGCAGAGUUGAUGUUGCGAAAUAAAAAUGAUUCAGAAAUUGAUUUUGCAGUAUUAAAAGUAUUAACAGUCUUAAGUUUGUACACUGAGCUAGUGAAUGAGUUUUAUCAAAGUGGGCUUAUUGGAGAACUUGCUCGGUUACUAAAAUCAAAGGAUAUUCGUUUAGCCAGUUCUGCUGCUGUCUGCUUAGCCAAUCUCUCUGGGGACUUCUGUUACAGACCAGGCUUAUUUUUGUUGUAUCCAUUAUAUAGAACAAGAACAAUCCAUACAUGUGACACUCUUCUUGUUCAUGGACUUAGAGGUGGUGUGUUUGUCACGUGGCGCCAGAGAGACAAAAAGUGUGCAGAACCAGUUGGCAUCAUGGAUGUGACUGUAUCAGAUGUGGAUUGUGACCCAUGUGAAACAGAUGUGGAUGAAAACAAAAAUAGAUAUUUAGAUCCUGAACUUGAAAUGGUUUUAGAGGAAUUGAAGGAACUAGAAGAUGAAACUCUUUUGUCAAGUUUUGAAGUUGUUCUAAAUGACAUUCCGAUUGAGGCCAAGAGGGAUGCAACUGAUGCUAUACUUAUGGCUAAGUCAAAGAGGUUGGCAUUAUUGCAAGAGGAUGAAGACAAAUGUAAUCAUACAUCUUGUUGGCCUAAAGACUGGUUGCCUAAAGAUUGCAGUAACAUAAGGAUACUGGGUUUCAAUUAUUGGAGUAAGCUUUCGGAUUGGUUAGAAGGAUGCCCGUUGCAAACUGCAGAUAUAGUUGCCCGUGCUGAAGAACUGGCUUCUGCACUGAUUGAUGCUCAAGUUGGAACAAAGAAUAUGGUUUGGCUCGCUCACUCAAUGGGUGGCCUCAUUGUCAAACAGCUGUUAGUUAAUUCUGCCCAACAAAGUGAUGAAUCUCUUAAAAGACUGUGUCAGAAAACGAAAGCUGUGCUAUUUUACAGUACACCACAUAAAGGUAGCUCAUUAGCAACAAUGCCCCGUGCUGCUGCCUCUGUUCUGUGGCCUUCACAAGAUGUCAAACAAUUACAAGAGAAUUCUCCAGAAUUGCUUGAACUACACAAUUUAUUUCUAAAUUUUGCUGACACAUUCAACUGGGAAACCAUUAGCUUUGCGGAAACUUUGCCUACUUUAAUAACUGCAUUCAAAGUUCCUGUACAUUUUGUGGAACCUAAUUCUGCAGACCUAGGUCGUGGAGUGUUUUAUCAACUACCACUUGAUCACUUGUCUAUAUGCAAACCAGCCACGAGACAAUCCAUUCUUUACACAACAGUAUUAGAUAGUCUGCAGCGAGCAACUGUAUGUGAAGUUGAAACCACUUACUCUGAAUCUUAUGUAUAUAUGAUAGUCACUAGAAUUUGGUUACAUUUUAAUAAAUUAUUAAAACAAUUAAAAAGUUCCUUAUAUGGGUGACACUGCCAAUGAAUUACGUAUGUUUGGUAAUUUAUAAUUUCUCAGUUUAAUGAGAAUUUAUUAAUUAUAUACUU